GCAACACUGUUACAGAAAGUAUAAACUUUUGAGAUCGCGGAAUAAAAAUGGAGUUCCAGAAGUACAAUUUGCCUAACUACAAGUUCGGUGCCGAACGCGUUUCAAAAUGUUGCAUAUGUGAGAGGAAGCGCGAAAAUGUGAUUGUGUGCAAUCGCUGCAACCAAUCAUUUGUGGGUCGCAUCUCGCAACGUUGUCCAAAACAUCCCGAAGUGACCUUUCUUAUGGACGCCCGUCAUUGCGCUUUCUGCGGUGCUCAUUCAAAUUACUUGCAAGUGUGCGAGAACAAACAAUAGGAAAGGGGAUACUCCAAAAAUAAAGCUGUUCGUUGACGAAUAUGGCCAGGUUUACAUAAAUACAUAAGAAUUGUGUAAUUGUUACAAUAUGUAAACAAACAACAAGGUAUCAUUAAAAUGUGUAUAAAAAUACAAAUGUAAAAUGU